AUGGGAAGUUUCAUGGCGGGAAAAUUUGGUUGGGGGGUUUUGUGGGUUUGGGUGUUGGUGGUGGUGGGCUGUGCAUGUGUUGAGGGUAGGAAACUUGAUGAGAAGAACGAUGGAGGAGUGAAGAAGCCAGAGUGGUUUUUUGAUGGUAAUCCAGGAUGGGGUGGUGGUGGGUGGAAAGGGCUGAGUUUUGGGCAUUCCUUCAGUUUUGGUAAGGGGGUGGGGUUUAGUUUUGGUUCUGGAAAACCUGGCAUUGGCGGGAAACCUGAUUGUGUUGGUGGGGGUGGGGGUGGCGGCAUUGGUGGUGGAGGUGGAAUUGGCGGCGGCAGUGGUGGGGGGAUAGGUGGUGGUGGCGGGAAACACCACAAGAAGAAGGAAAAGAAGCAUUAUGGUGGUGGUGUUGGAGGAGGAAUUGGCGGUGGAGGUGGAACUGGAGGAGGAGUUGGUGGUGGAGGUGGAACUGGAGGAGGAAUUGGUGGUGGAGGUGGUGGUGGUAUUGGAGGAGGGGCUGGAGGAGGCAUUGGGAAGGGAAUAGGAGGUGGAGGUGGUGCGGGUGGAGGAGGGGCUGGAGGAGGCAUUGGGAAGGGAAUAGGUGGUGGAGGAGGAGGAGGUGGUGGUGGUAUUGGAGGAGGGGCUGGAGGAGGCAUUGGGAAGGGAAUAGGUGGUGGAGGUGGUAUGGAUGGAGGAGGGGGGGGAGGCAUUGGCAAAGGGAUCGGUGGUGGUGCUGGUGGUGGAUUUGGGGGAGGCAUAGGUAAAGGGAUUGGUGGGGGAAUAGGAGGUGGUGGUGGUGGCGGUGGCGGUGGCGGAGGCAUCGGCAAAGGAGUUGGUGGAGGCGCUGGUGGUGGAUUCGGGGGAGGUGUAGGCAAAGGGAUUGGUGGUGGUGGAGGAGGCUUCGGAGGAGGUGGGGGGGGCGGCUCUGGCGGAGGGAUUGGAGGAGGUUUCGGGGGCGGUAGUGGUGUUGGUGGAGGAAUCGGUGACGGUGGUGGAGGAUUUGGUGGGGGUGGAGGCGCUGGAGGGGGCAUUGGUGGAGGUGCCUGA